AUGCGAUCUAGUCUUUCGUGCACUGCUCCAUGCCAGAAAUGUUCGAAAUCCAGAAUCCCGGGGUGUGAACUGAGCAGACCGUCCAACAGGACACCCCGCAAAGCUACUCAUCGCGCCAGACAUGCAACGCCUGGCCAGCGAAUUACCACUGAAAUUGAAAGCGAUGCGCCUUCCAGUUCAGCAGCUUCGCCUGCAAGACCUGGGUAUAAUUCCCAAUCGGUAGAUAGACAUUUGACAAGUCUAUCGACCGACCUCGUGCUGAAAUCCUUGAAUGUGUUCGUGAACAAAUACCCUGAGCUUGCAAUUUUGCAUCUGCCAUCGUUUGCCAAAAAGCACCAGUCUCAGGAUUCCAAAGAGAUCAAAACUCUACUGGCUGCUCUAUUGGCAAUCACCAGAUCUCACCCUCUUCUCAUUACCUUCCCAUGGGAAAGCUCCCUGCUACCCAAAGAACGUUAUGCGGAGUAUGCCCGGGAGAGAUUGUCCAAAAGUUCGUUCGAGGCUCCACGACUCGAGGUGGCGCAGGCUCUGCUUAUCAUGACUGUUUACGAAUGGGGUACGCGAGAGUUCCACCGCGCCUGGAUAUAUUGUGGCAUCGCGACUCGGAUCAUGCAGGCAUUGAACAGUUCUCGAAUCGCACCCUAUCCACUCGAUUCCACGCCGAGUGAGCGAGAGCGCGAACGCGAAGCCGUUUCAUUCGCCAUUGAGAACAGAACCACGUGGGCAUGCUUUAUCCUGGACCGGAUGGUCAGUUCCGGAACCUAUAACCCACCAAUGCUUCCCUGGUCAGAGAUGGAAAAAUUGAAGGUCUCCCGGCCUCUGAGUGCUGUCGAAUUUGCGUUUGGGCCCGACCUUGUGUCGCAGACAAAUGCCAUGGAACACAAUCUCUCUACUCCGCAGCGUGAGCAAACCGCUCUAUUCGACAUUACUCAAUCAUUCGAGGUCCUCGUGUCCGGAUUUGAUAUCUGGGCACAGGUCAUGACAUUCAUUUACAAUGAUGGUCGCCGAGCCCCGGGGAUGUGUGCACCGCAGAAUUGUCCCUGGGCGCCGGAAUCCCCGUGGUCCAAGACGAGGCAUCAUCUACAGACAUGGAGGGCCAAUCAACACCAUAGGCUCUAUUACCCUGAGAAUAGUGUGCUGGCUCACACUACUCUCGGUUAUGGGGAGUCGUUCACUUAUCUCAAUCUUCUUUACUCAAUAUGUACAUUAAUGCUUCACCGCGAAUAUUUCCCCUUCAUGCCGACCGGAGUAUCAGCACCUAGAGGACCGAUCGACCCACCGACUCUCGAAGCGGAGUCGCCCGAAGGAUGGUGGGAGGCAAGUUCAUUCGAGCUAUUUGGGGCAGCUGAAAACAUUGCCCGGCUACUACACGAUGCCUCCGAGUGUGGCGCAGAAAUCAUAUCACCAUUUGUUGGCUUCUGUGCAUUUUCAGCCGCCUACAUGAACCUCUAUGUAUUUAGAUUUCCACAGAUGAACCUAGGCCGCAGCCAGAACGCAGAGCGGAAUCUGAAUUACUGCAUGACCUACCUGGAGAACUUCCGACAGGUCUGGAAACUCGCCGAUAGCUGGAUUGCAACGAUCAAGAACGCCUCCCUCUUGUACCAGCGAGCAACCGCCGAUAGAUCUCGAUACCAAGGAAAGUCGCGCGCAGACUUCGACGUUCUACACCAGUCGAUCCACGAGUUUCGUGUCGUCGACCGAUCCGACCAGCAUCUUCAGGAAAUUGAGGGCGCUGAAAGAGAGGCAGUACCGGUGCCUACUCCUGCUACGAAUCCUGGAACAGACUCGCUUGAUUUGGAUAUGCCGCUCAACAACCUGCUCACGGAAGUUAGCACGUAUGCUCAUGAGCAGGGUAUGUGGUCGCAUUGGUGGGGGUCUCUUGAUGACAUUAACUUGUCUGUGUUUCAAGAGCCGGAUAAUCCGGAAUAA